AUGUCUGGAAAAUCUGGCCAACCACAUACUUCCAAAGAAUUCUGCACUGCAAAUGUUCCUCGAUCUAAGAUUACAGACUUUGAAUUCGACCCGCCGACCAGCAGGAGCCCUUGGGACCUUCUGCCGAAAUGGCCUGUCACCCAUCGUCAUCGCAUCGCCGAAUUAGAUUUUCUCGCAACUUAUUAUGACACAGUAGGUCAGACGGAUAACAUCAAAGCGGCCAAGGUUUGGCAUGCCAGCUUUCCACUCGAUGACCAGGUUGGCUAUGAGACCGCUUACUUCCACCGUGGGAAGAAGGAACCCCCGCCAGAGAUCAUGAUGUCCGGGCACUGCCAAAAUUCUGUCCGCCCACUAGCCAGGCGUCCCGCUGCCGUCACAGGCAGCACGCCUCAACCCUCGUCUCUGGUAACACCCGCGGCCAAGACGACGAAUGAGGGAGACGUGUCCGACAAUGCAAAUGUUCCUCUGGAUCCAAACUUCAUUUUCGAGCCUCCAACAAGCACAGAGCCUUGGAACUUGGUGCCAAGAUGGCCAAUCACGCACGGCCAGCGUAUUGCUGAGUUGAAGUUUCUUGCCACCUUCUAUGGCAAGAGAGGCCAAGAAGAGAAUCUCCAGGCAGCAAUUAUUUGGCAUUCAGAAUUCCCUCAAGGUGCGUUAGUUGGUAAUGAGUCCCGUUACUUUCAGGAUGGGGCUGUUAUCGAUGAGUUUGAUAUUAAGUCUGAAGGUGGUCCUUGCUGGUAUGAAGGGCCUCCUGAUUAUGACCUGAUGGCCGGACACGAUCAACGGCAACACAUACUGGACUUGCUGUAA